AUGUGGGGUAGCCCAGGCACAAAAUGCCCUCUCUUGGGUUUUUCUGGCCCCCGAAUCCCCACCCCUGCCCAUCCCCCCGCCCCCAGCACCCCCAUCCAAAACCGUCACCCCCUUCCCCCCACCACGCCCAGCACGCCCCCCCACCCACACCAUCCCACCCACCCAACCCCCAGCCCCACCCUACCCCAGCCUUAUGCACUAUGGUCCCACAGCCCACCCCAUGGCCCACCCAUGGCAAGCUCUGCCCAGGCUAUGUCAGUGCCUAUGCCCCACGCUAGCCCACCUAUGGCCAACGCUCCACCCACCCUCCCCAGUCACAAACGAGACCUCCGCCCACCCAUAGCCACAUGGCCCAGGUUGGCCCCCAGCAGCAUGGUCCCCAGCUAUGGCCCCCACCUGCCAUGCCCCAGCACCCCAGCAGCCUAUGCCCCCAGCCCCAUGGCCCAAGCUAUGGCCCCCAGCCAGCCUAUGGCCCCCAGCCAGCCUAUGGCCCCCAGCCUGCCUAUGGCCCCCAGCCUGUCUAUGGCCCCCAGCCAGCCUAUGGCCCCCCAGCCUGUCUAUGGCCCCCAGCCAGCCUAUGGUAACUGGGUCCUGGAGCGCUCUCUGGACGGUGUGACCUUUGACCCCUGGCAGUUCUACGCCAUCAGUGGCUCUGAGUGCCUGUCUCACUACAACGUGACGCCGAGGCUCGGCCCCCCAACCUACAAGAGAGACAAAGAGGUCAUCUGCACCUCCUACUACUCUAGGCUCAACCCACUGGAGCAUGGGGAGAUCCACACCUCCCUGAUUAAUGGCCGCCCCGGCGCUGAUGAUCUGACCAAUGAGCUGCUGAACUUCACGUCAGCUCGUUACAUCAGACUCCGGCUGCAGCGAAUCAGAACGCUCAACGCUGACCUCAUGACGCUGAGCACCCGGGACCCCCGAGAGAUAGACCCCAUCGUCACCAGGAGGUACUAUUACUCCAUCAAAGACAUCUCCGUGGGGGGCAUGUGCAUCUGUUACGGCCACGCCCAGAGCUGCCCGCUGGACCCCGUUACCAAGAAAAUGCAGUGUGUGUGUGAACACAACACAUGUGGGGAGAGCUGUAACGAGUGUUGCCCCGGUUACCACCAGCAGCCAUGGCAACCAGGAACCAUCUCAGAGGGAAACACCUGUGAGAAGUGUAACUGUCACAACAAGGCGUCUGACUGUGUGUAUAACCAGACCGUCUCUGAUUGGUCGCUGAGUCUCGACGCUAACGGCGUGCGUCGGGGGGGCGGAGUCUGUUCCAGCUGUCAGCAGAACACGGGGGGGGUCAACUGUGAGAACUGCAGGGAGGGGUACUACAGGCCCUCAGAGGUGUCUCCAUACUCUGACUCUCCCUGUGUGGACUGUGAGUGUGAUCUGAGAGGAUCUGAGUCUUCAGUCUGCAGCAGAGACGACACACAGCCAGGGGUGUCUGCAGGCCAGUGUGUGUGUAAAGAAGGCUUCUCAGGUCUGCGGUGUGAUCGCUGUGCGUUUGGCUUCAGAGACUUCCCUCUGUGUUCCCGCUGUGAGUGCAGCCUGUCAGGCAGCAGCAACACUGACCCCUGCAGCACCUGCACCUGCAAGGUGAAUGUGAUGGGGGCUCACUGUGAUCUGUGUAAACCUGGUUUCUACAACCUGCAGGCCGGGAAUCCUCUCGGCUGCUCUGACUGCUUCUGCUUCGGAGUCUCGGACGUCUGUGAGAGUUCAGACUGGAAGACAGCACAGGUGCAUCAUACGGACGCUUGGCUCCGCCCCCCUCCGGCCCUCCAAUCACUGCAUGUUGUCCACGGCAACGAUCUCCCCAUCCCCAACAACUCCUCUGGCCCCGCCCACCAACACGUGCUGUUGUGGGCGGCGCCCGGCGGUUUCCUCGGCAACAAGCUGGGGUCUUACGGAGGCUUCCUGACCUUCUCUCUGGGUUAUGACGUCCCAUUGGAUAAUGAAGACCACGCCCUCCGCGCCCACGCUGACAUCAUCAUCCAGGGAAACGGGCGAUCUCUCCUUCUUGCCCCCCCUUUCCUCCUCUUCCUGUCCGAGCUGGCCGAGAGGUCGGUUGCCGUGCCAAUCGUCCCGAAGAGUUUCCUGGACGAGGAGACGGGCAUCCACGUUACCCAUGAUGCACUGCUGUCGGCGCUCAGCAACGUGACAUCACUGAGGGUCAGAGUUCAUCUCAACGCCUCCGCAGACGGACCCAUACGCCUGGUUACACCUGUCUCAGCAGAUACCGUAUCUCUGGACGUCGCUGACCCGACUGCAGUUUCUGGCGACCCGGCGGUUGCCGUAGAGACGUGUGAGUGUCCGUGGGGUUACAGCGGCACUUCCUGUGAGGCGUGUCUCCCAGGGUUCUACCGGCUGGGGGGGGUCCUGUUUGGGGGGAACUGUCUCCAGUGUGAGUGUAACGACCACGCAGCCCAGUGUGACGUCAACGGAGUCUGUCUGGGUUGUUCCCAUAACACCAGUGGUCCUCACUGUGAUCAAUGUCUUCCUGGUUUCUACGGCGAAGCCACCGAGGGGACGGCGUCCGACUGCCGUGUGUGUGCGUGUCCUCUGAUGGAGACGUCCAACAGCUUUAGUCCUACCUGUGUGUUGGAGGAGUCUGGUCAGGUGUUGUGUGACCGAUGUCAGGACGGUUACACAGGAGCUCGCUGUGAGAGGUGUGCCAGUGGUUUCCAUGGUAACCCCCAGGUGGUGGGCGGGGCCUGUGAGCGCUGUGAGUGUAACGGGAACGUGGACGUCAGCGAGGCGGGGCACUGCCACACCGUCACCGGGGAGUGUCUGCGUUGCCUCGGCAACACGGCCGGAGCACACUGCGAGGUCUGUCAGCCGGGUUACUAUGGAGACGCCGUGCACGCCAAGGACUGUCAGGCGUGCGGCUGUGAUGUCAGCGGCGCCCUGUCCAGUGUCUGUGAUGUCACAACGGGUCAGUGUCUGUGCAGAGAAAACGUGACGGGACGUGCUUGUGACCGCUGCCAGUCUGGGUUUUUUGGGCUGCAGAGCGGCCGGGGAUGUCAGCCCUGUAGCUGCAGCCAAUCAGGAUCUCUCUCUGAGUCAUGUGACGAGGAGGGGCGGUGCCAGUGUGUGGAGGGCGUGGCCGGAGACACGUGUGACCGCUGUAGCCAUGGUUACUUUGGUUUCGCCGCCAUCGGCUGCACAGCAUGCACCUGUGAACACACCAGAGGGAACUGUGACCCGGAGAGCGGCGAGUGCAUCUGCCCCCCCCACACGGAGGGAGCCACCUGCGACAGGUGUGAGGACGGUUACUGGGGUCACGACCCCGUCACAGGCUGCAAGCCGUGCAGCUGCAGCGCAGCGGGAAGCUCCGCCCCUCAGUGUGAGCUGACCAAUGGGCAGUGUCUCUGCAGAGAGGGCUUCUCUGGCAGGUCAUGUGACCAGUGCGCCCCCGGUUACCACGGUUACCCAGAAUGCUCGGCGUGCGGCUGUGACAUGACGGGAACGGACGAGAAGUUCUGCAACACGACGCUGGGAGUGUGUGACUGUCGAGACAACGGGGAGUGUGUGUGCAAGCUGGGUGUGUCUGGACGGCGCUGUGAGGAAUGUGUCUCUGGAUGGUUCGGCCUAUCAGCCGAGAGUCCAGCCGGCUGCUCUCAGUGUUUCUGUUCAGGACUCAGCUCGGCCUGCGAGGAGCAGGGAGGCCUGCUCAGAGUACCAAUCACCCUGGCUGACUCUGCUGCUGACCUGUCAUUGGUCAGCCAGUCUAACCUGCAGGGCGUAGUGUCUGGAGUCUACCAGCAGGGCGGCGACACGCUGCUGGACACCCGGCAGCUCAACAGCAGCCGGCUGACCGUCCUCUACUGGGGCCUCCCCAGUACCAAGGCCCCCAGUACCAAGGGCCCCCAGGUAACACCUUCACAUCUGGAAGCCCCCCAGUACCAAGGCCCCCAGGUAACAGCUUCACAUCUGAAGCUCCCCCAGUACCAAGGCCCCCAGGUAACAGCCUUACAUCUGAAGCUCCCCCAGUACCAAGGCCCCCAGCUGCUGGUGUACGGCGGCCUGCUGUCUUACAUCAUCACUUUCUACGCUGAGGACGGCUCGGGGCUGUCCAAUCGGGAGCCUCAGAUCCUGAUGAGGGGCGGGGCCAUGAGGAAGCUGGUCAUAUACACGGACAUGGUCGCCCCUGGCAACGGCGUCAGGACUCAGCACGACAUCAGGAUGACAGAGCACAACUGGAAGUAUUUUAACUCAGUGUCUGAGAAGCCGGUGAGUCACGCUGACUUCAUGUCCGUUCUCAGUGACGUUGAGUACGUCAUCAUCAAGGCUUCUUAUGGGACACGACUGCAGCAGAGCAGGAUCUCUAACAUCACCAUGGAGACAGCAGUGGAGGCGGGGCUAGAUGAGGAAGGAGGCGUGGCCAGACUGAUUGAGUCCUGCAUCUGUCCUCCGGGAUACACGGGACUGUCCUGUCAGGAGUGUGCUGCAGGAUUCUUCCGGCAGCCUGUGUCUGAGUUGUCGUCUCAGAAUCUGAAGUCUCUGCUUGUUCGUCCGUGUGUUCGAUGCCGCUGCAACGACCACAGCGAGCGCUGCCACCCGGAGACUGGAGCCUGUCAGGGCUGUGAGCACCACACCAGCGGACCGAGCUGCGAGCGCUGUGCCCCGGGGUAUUAUGGGAACGUCAGCGGCUCCAUCAGCGACUGCUCGCUGUGUGCCUGCCCCCUGCGGGACAACAGUUUCAGUCCCAGCUGUGUGUCAGAGGGAGAUUUUGGGGAUUUCCGCUGCACAGCCUGCCAGACAGGAUACGAGGGGAGAUACUGCGAGAGGUGUUCGGUUGGUUACUAUGGGAACCCGUCGGUGGCGGGCGGCAUGUGCCGGCGCUGCAGCUGCAGUGGGCGGGGCUCGCUGCACCCGCUGUGUGACGCGCUGACUGGACAGUGUGAGUGUAAGGCCGGGGUCAAAGGUCACACAUGUGACCACUGUGAGGAGAGACACGUCCUGCAGGAAGAGGAGUGUGUGUCGUGUGAUGACGAGUGUACCGGCGUUCUAUUGGACGAUCUGGAACAAAUACACAACGACUUCCUGUCUGUCAACCUGAGCGCUGUUGCCAUGGCGCCGUACCGCCAGCUGGUGCUGCUGGAGAACACGACAAGAGACAUCCAGACGGCGUUCACAGAGAACGGCUCGGUGGCUCUGCGUCUGUCCGGAGUGGAGGAUGAACUCAGUCAUGUGACCUCUGACCUCAGCGCUCUGCAGCAGCAGGUCUCCCGUCUGUCUAACGACCUGAAGAAAGUGGGCGUGUCCACCAACCAGAGCCUUUCCCAGGGUGCAUUGCUGCUGGAAGGAAUCAGCAGCCUUCAGGAAAACAUCCAGAAGCUUCAGAGGGAGGCGGGGCUUCUGAACCAGAGUGCUGUGGAGCAGCUGGAUUCAGCCAAUCAGAAGGCUCUGCUGGAGGAGGUGACCGCCAUGUUGGAAACCCUCCGCGCCGUCAACAUGUCGGCCGCCGGGGCAGCGGCCAAUCAGGAGCUCCGCCUAUCGGAGUCUCUGCUCCGCUCGCUGCGGGAGGACUUCCUUGACACAGCUGCUGGCAGGCUCCUCCCCCUCUCCCGCACCUCUGUGCGUCUAUUGGAAGAGCUGCAACAGGCAGAGACACAGCUGAGCGACAGCGCUGGCGGCUAACAAACACACACACUGCUGGAUGCCGCACACACUCAGCUACAACACUACCAGUCUGCGUGUCAGAGCCUGACUGAGGACUACCUGUUGAUGGAGGGACAGAUGGAGGACAGUCAGGUGAUGCUGUCCCACAUCCUGGACCUGAGCCAGGACAUCACCAACAGAACCUCCAUGGUAGAUCAGCUGAGUGAACAGCUGGCUCGGUGGCGCCCCCUGCUGAUGAAACAGGUUGACUCUCUGGUCGUUGGACUGAAGAUGAGCGAUGCUCUGGAGAAGGUUUACAGCGCAGAAAGCCACGCCCAGCUGCUCCAUAGCCACGCCCACUCUGUGCACAGCUCUUUGUCGUCGGUGUGUAACGUGUCUCAGAACAGCAGCCGAUUGGUUCAGCUGGACAGUGACAUCACAGAACCAGUGGACUCGGCGCAGCAGGUCGCCGCCAUCGCCCAAUCAGCCGCCUCGCUGGCUCUCAACACGAGCGUCCAAUCAGAGCUGCCGCUGUCAGAAGAGGGCGGAGUCAGACUGAAAGCCAGCGCUGCACUUUUAGAAGAAAGUCAACGAAUCAACGAGACCGCUGAAGAGCUGCAGCUGAAUGUCUCCAUGGUAACCAGCCGGCUGGGAUUGGUCAGAGACAGCGUGCGUAACUCCAGCCUACUCCUGCGUCAGCCAAUCAGAGAGCUGCAGAGCCUGUUUAACGGCUCCUCUGAUUGGCUGGAGGUCGUGACCCUUCAGGCGUCUCGCUCCAGCCUGCAGGAGGCGCUGCAGCGGCUACACCGCCUCACACUGCAGCUACAGAACUCUUCUUCUGUGGUGGUCAACACCAACAACACUGUCAGGGAGACCAACAAGCUGGUGAUACACACACACUCAGCAGCCAAUGAGGCGCAGCGUAAGCUGGAAGAGGCAGAGCAUCGUACGGAGCGUCUGAUGGAGCGGAUCAAGCCGCUGAGCAUGCUGGGAGAAACGCUGAGCAGGAACCUGUCUGACAUCAGAGAGCUGAUCGACCAGGCCAGACGCCAGGCCGCCUCGAUUAAGGUGGCCGUGCAGGCCGACAGAGACUGCGUUCGCUCCUACCGGCCGCAGAUCCUCUCCAGUAACUUCAACACUCUGAGUCUGGUCGUCAAGACAACCAGCCCCGAAAACCUGCUCUUCUUCCUGGGCAGCAACACCACGGUGGACUUCCUGGCCGUAGAGAUGCAUGCUGGGAAGGUGUCUCUGGUUUGGGACGUGGGUUCAGGCAGCAGCAGACUGGACUUUCCUGGACUGGACAUCAGCAACAACCAGUGGACCAGAAUCAAUGCCACACGGUUCGGUGCCCACGUCUCUCUGUCGGUCCAUCAGCUGGAGGCGGAGGCGGCGCCGUUGCCCGCGGUGACGGCGACGUCGCCGGGCCCGGCCCGCAUUUUAGACGUCGACGAGAACUCGGUGAUCCACGUCGGAGGAAUCGGACCAGAGACCCGGCGGCCGGCGCCGCUGGGGGGGGCCAGCUUCCAGGGCUGCCUGGGGGGGGCCUCGCUCAACGAGAAGAACAUCGGACUCUGGAACUACGAGAGAAGGACUGGGGGCUGUGGGGGCUGCUUCAGCAGUCCCCAGGCGGAGGAGACCUCCUUCCACUUUGAUGGAUCUGGCUUCUCAUUGGUUCAGAAGUCUCUGCGAGCGACCUCCACCUCCAUCGUGCUGCUGUUCAAAACGCUGUCGCCGGGCGGAUUACUGCUGUACCUGGCCUCCAACAACACUAGGGACUUCCUGUCCAUGGAGCUGGUGGAGGGUCAUGUGCGUCUGACCUUUGACCUUGGCUCCGGCGCUCUGACCUUGACCUCCAACAGGAAGUACAACACCGGCGUGUGGUACAAGAUCACGCUGCAGAGGAGCAAACGCAAAGGUUACCUGUCCAUCAUGGCUGCCGACCAAUCAUCAGAGAAGGAGGUUUUGGAGGCGGAGUCUCCCGGCUCGGCCUCGGACCUGAACCGCUCCGACCUGGACCCCAUCUACAUUGGAGGACUUCCUGCCUCCCGCCCAAUCAGGCGACAGGUGGUGUCCAGGUCGUACGUGGGCUGCAUAAAGAACGUCGAGAUCGCCCGGUCCAACUUCGACCUGCUGAGAGACGCGUACGGCGUCCGCAAGGGCUGCGUCCUCGAGGCGGUGCGCAGCGUGUCGCUGUUGGCCGGUGGCUUCGUUCAGAUCGCGGCUCCGUCACUCGGUCAGGAGGCGGAGCUUCUCUUCUCCUUCUCCUCCCUCAACCAAUCAGGAGUCCUGCUGGCUGCCUUCAGCGAGGAGCGCACACAGAGAAAGCACUUCCUGUCGGUGCAGCUGUUCUCCGGCGCGCUGGAGGCGGAGCUUGGCGAGGUGGGCGGAGCUACUCGGAAGGUGACGGCAGUGAAACCUGACGGAGAGUCCUUCAGCGACGGGACAAAACACUCUGUCAUCAUCAACGUCAACAGGAAGUCUCUGUCUCUGCAGGUGGACGAGGAACAAAGGAAGUCUGUCUCUCUGUUGCCGGGCGGAUUAUCUCGUCUGUCUCCAGCCUCUUUCUUCAUUGGUGGGCUGCCAUCAGGGGAGGAGUCUCGUCUUCCAAUCAGAUUACAGGAGGUGUACCGGAGUUUCAGAGGUUGCAUCCAACACCUGGUGCUGUCCGGAGCACUGGUGGACCUAUCAGGGGCUGUGAAGUACGAGGGGGCGGAGCUCGACAGCUGCCUAUUGGAGGAGAGGGCCGAGGGGGUGGUGCUUCCUGAAGACCAGGAUGUAGAGCCAACUGCUGACCCUGCCCCCCUGCCUGGAGCCCCGCCCACUCAGCUGGGCGCCAUACCACCCGGAGCGCUCACGUGUGCGUUGGAGGUGGAGCCUAGCUUACUGCCGGCGGCGGUUCAGUUCGGUUCGUCCAAACACAGUCACAUGACCUUCAUCAUCGCCCCGGACAAGGUCAGGAAGAGUGUGUCUCUGAAGUUGUCGGUGCGAAGCCGAGCGUUGGACGGCUUGCUCCUCCUCCUGUCAGACUCCAAACAGAUGGACUUCGUCGUCCUCCGACUGACCGCCGGACGCCUGAUGAUGUCAGCAGACCUGGGCAGAGGCCCCGCCUCCAUCACCUCCUCGGUCGCCGUUAACGAUGGAGAGUGGCAUGCUGUGACCGGUGAGGUGAGCCGGAGGUCUCUGUCGGUGUCGGUAGACGGGUUGAGUCCUGACUCUGCGUCUCUGAGAGGAAACCAGCUGGACGUAGACAGCAGCCUCUACCUGGGAGGACUACCACACACACACUCCACCCGCAGGAUCAAUGCCAGCAGCAGUAUAUCAGGAUGUGUUCGCUCCGUCAGUCUCAACGGCGCCAUGUUGGAUCUGUCCAAGCCCGCCUCGCAGCAUGAUGUCACUUCCUGUUUCACCACCGACCAGACAGGAAGUUACUUCAAUGGCAGCGGAUACGCCACUCUCAUGCGUGAUGGUUACAAGGUCGGCUCUGACGUGUCAGUGUCUCUGGAGUUUCGAACGAGCCAAUCAGACGGAGUGUUUCUGGGAAUCAGCAGCGCCAAGGUGGACGCCAUCGGACUGGAGAUGAUCAACGGACAGGUGGUGUUUAACGUGAAUAACGGCGCUGGCCGAGUAUCGGUGCGUUCCAUUGGUCCGUUGCUGUGUGAUGCGCGCUGGCACCGCCUCCUGGCCAGGAAGACCAAACACAGCCUGAGCCUGAGCAUUGAUGGGCGGAGCUUCUCCACCCCAAACCCUUACCCACAAUCCACCUCUGCCGAGACCAACAACCCCGUCUACCUGGGGGGCUUUCCAGUGGGGGUGAGACAGAACUGCCUGUCUACCAUCUCGAGGUUCAGAGGAUGUCUGAGGAACCUGCAGCUCGUUAAGUCUCACCUGUCUGUCGCUCUGGACCUAAGCUCCGCCCACUUCCUGUCGGGCAUCACUCCCAACUCAUGUCCUGUUUCCAGGCAACGGCCAGCCGGCCUCUGAUUGGUCCAACAGUUUGAUGAGAGUCUGUAGUGUGUUUCUACACAAAUCAUUAAAGCUCAUCUGAAAAGA